UUUAUUAUUAUUUAUUUAUAUAUUUUUUUUUUAUUUUAUACAUAAUCGUUAAAUUAUAUACAAUAUUAUUUUUUUUAUGUUUAUUAAAAGUGUGUUGAUUUAUUAACUCGGUCAUAAUUAAACUGUAAACAUCAAUUUUUUUUUUUUUGCUACUGGUGGUGUGAUUUUGAGUAAGAGAGAAAGAUAUAGAGAGGAUAGAGAGAGGAAAGAGAGUAGGUUGAUUUAAUUAUUACAAUUCACUACACGUGGACAAACAAUUGUUUAUUUUUCUAAUUAAAUAUUUAAUUUGUAUGAUGACAUUUGAGUGAAAAUAUAUAUAAAGUGAUUUAUUUAUAUAAUUAUUAUAAAAUGAGUCGUCAAGCAAGAAGCAGUAAUGGGCAUGUCAAGUUGGCUGAUGAAAAGUGUAAAAAUGGAAAAAGAAGAGAAAUUAAAAGAAGAAAAAAAGAAUCAUUUGAAGAUGCAUCAUUAUUUACUGCAAUUAUAACUCAAAUUGGUUUUUAUAUUCUUAUGAUUGUUGGAUAUAUUAAUCAGUUGUUGUUUGAGCCAAAUGUUGCUCGUGAACGUAACAGAAAAGGAUAUGCUCCAAUGUACGAGAGUUAUGAGACAUUUUAUCUGCGUUAUGUUUAUAGAAGAAUAAGAGAUUGUAUGAAUCGACCAAUAUGCUCAGUACCUGGUGCAAUGGUUACACUUAAAGAUCGUGUUUCACGUGAUCAUUGCUGGUCAUUUGAUUUCAGUGGAACAAAAACACCAUGUAUUAAUUUAGUAUCAUAUAAUUAUCUUGGUUUUGCUGAAUCAACAGGUAGCUGUGCUAUUCAGAGUAAAGAAGCUAUUAAAAAAUAUGGAAUAACAAGUAAUAGUCCACGUCUUGAACUAGGUAACAUGACAAUUCAUAAAGAAUUAGAAAAAUUAACAGCUGAAUUUUUGGGUGUUGAAGAUGCAAUUGUAUUUGGCAUGGGUUUUGCAACAAAUUCAUUAAAUUUACCAUCAUUAAUAUCACCAGAUUGUUUGGUACUUAGUGAUGAAAGAAAUCAUGCAUCAGUUAUAGUUGGUUUAAAAUUAUCUGGAGCAGUAUUAAGAGUAUUUAAACAUAAUGAUAUGGAUGAUUUAGAAAAAUGUUUACAAAAUGCAAUAUAUAAUGGACAACCAAACAGUGGUAAAGCAUGGAAAAAAAUAUUAAUUGUUGUUGAGGGUAUUUAUUCAAUGGAAGGAUCAGUUGUACAUUUACCAGAAGUUAUUGAAUUAAAAAAAAAAUAUAAAGCAUAUCUUUAUUUAGACGAAGCACAUAGUAUUGGUGCAAUGGGUAAAUAUGGACGUGGUAUAUGUGAUUAUUAUAAUAUUGAUCCAAAUGACGUUGAUGUUUUAAUGGGUACAUUUACUAAAAGUUUUGGAUCAGCUGGUGGUUAUAUUGCUGGUAAUAAAAAAUUAAUAAAUUAUUUAAGAGUUUAUAGUCAUGCACAUGUAUAUGCUGUGUCAAUAUCACCACCAAUUGCACAACAAGUUAUAACAUCAAUGAAAAUUAUUAUGGGUAGAGAUGGUACUAAUAAUGGAAGAUUAAGAAUUAAACAAUUAUCAAGAAAUACAAGAUAUUUUAGACGUAGACUUGAACAAAUUGGUGUUAUUAUUUAUGGUAAUGAAGACUCACCAGUUAUACCAAUGCUUGGUUAUUUAUAUUCAAAACUUACAUCAACUGUACGAACAUUAUUAACUAGACGAAUUGCAACAGUUGGUGUUGCUUUUCCUGGCACACAAAUGGGACUAGGAAGAAUACGAUUUUGCUUAUCAGCAGCACAUACUAAAGAGCAACUUGAUUACGUUUUACAAAAUAUUGAAGAAGUGGCUGAUUUAAUAGGACUAAGAUAUUCAAGAAAACAAAGAGACCCAAAUCCAAUUGAGUAUUACAGUGAAACUAGUGACACUGAAUAAUUAAAAAUGUAUUAUUUACGGGACCAACCUCCAGGGUCAUAUUGCUUUAUACUAUAUCAUUUUAAUUUAAAAACAAAAAACAAAAAUUUUUUACAAUUGCAUAUUUAUAUUAAUAAGGACAAUCAAUUUAAAAGAAUUUUUUUUAUUCAUAUCAAAUUUUAUAACUAGCUAGAUUAUUAAUUUUUAUACAAAUAAAUAAUCAUAUUUCUUGAAACAGUUAUAAAAUUUUUACAAAUUAUGUAUAAAUUUUUUACCAAAAGUAAAUAUAUAUUUUUUAUCAUAUAUUUAUAUUCAAGAAAUAUUGAUGAAAUAUUUGUUAAUUCAACUUCAAGACUUAAUCGAAAUACCUCUCGUUUUUUAUUCUUUUGAUUUUAAUUUUAUUUUUUUUCUUAAUCUUUCCAUAAUACUGUGAUUUAUUAGCAAUUUUUCUGAGCAAUAAUUAAUGUACUUCCAAGUUUAAAUAGAACACUUGGGCUUCCGUGAAAAUUAACAUUGUCAGUUAUUAUUUUUAAUUAAUUUUUUCAGUAAAUUUUUCUUAAUAGUUUAAGUUGAUUUGAUUGAAAUUUUAUUGUGCCAAUUUAAUCAAGUUAUGCUACUUUUAAUGAAUACUAAAAUGUUUUAUAAUUAACAAUAAUUUUUAAUUGUUUAUAAUAAUAUAUUUGAUAAUACCGAAAUAAUUUACUCGGGACCAAUUAUAGAAAAAAAUUUGCAUUAAUCAAAGUUCCUUUAAAUAGAAAGAAAAAAAAAUUAUAAUGGAAUCAAAAUAAUCGUUGAAACAAGCUAUUAUAUUAAUAGUAAUAAAUCAUUUACAUAAACAAUAAGCAAUUAUUAAAAAAUAUUUAUAAAAGAAAAUAAAAAUUGAAAAAUCCAACAAAAUGAUAAUAAAAAAAUA